CCACCUGUUGGUUCUGCCUCAGAAUUUGCCUUUGUUGCUCUUUAGUGCUCACAGGAGAGAUUUUGGGCCUCACAAGGUGUUACCGGUGAGGAUCCACCAGCCUGACCCGUUUGUCCCAAGUGAAGAGAAUAUGGAUCUGCUCACGAUGUAUAAACAAGAUUACAACCCGUACCCUGUCAGUCGAGUGGACCCCAUCAGACCUCGGGACAGUAAAUAUCCACGCGGGGACAAGAUGGAGUGUCGGCCUACUUAUAAAGCUGAUUAUUUACCCUGGAACCAACCAAGACGAGAACUGAUUCGUCUGCCACACAACUACCGGCCAGCGUCAACCAAGUUUGAUAGCCGAACCACACACCAGGAUGCCUACUCCAUGAAGGGCCUGGUAAACACCAUGAGCUGUAAGCCUCCAGCCGCACGCAAGCUCUGUAACAUCCCCCUGGAGGAUCUGACAAACUACAAGAUGAGCUACGUGGCCCACCCCAUGGAGAAACGCUAUGUGUAUGAGCCGGAGAAGUUCAGACCCUGUGAAAUCCCCUUUGAAAGCCUUACCACUCACAACGAGUCAUACCAGGGCCUGAUGGGGGAGCCAGCCAAGAGCUUGAAACCUCCAGCCAGGCCUAGUGCGCUAAACACGCCGUUCUCUAACACUACUGAAUUUAGAGAUAAGUACCAAGCUUGGCCAAUGCCCCAGAUGUUCUCCAAAGCUCCCGCCACCUAUGUCGCUCCUGAAGAAAAGAUGGACUUUCUGACGACAGUGCAGGCCCACUACACGUACCCUAAGGGUGCCCCAGCUCAGUCCUACCGACCGGUGCUCUCGGUCAAGAAGGGUGGCCGCUUUGAAAGCUCCACUACGACCAAAGAGGACUAUAAGCAGUGGGCCAGCAUGCAGACCAAGCCAGUCAAGCCCAUCCCCCAGCUGGGCCUUCCCACCGAGCCCUUGGACUGCCUGACCACCACACGAGCCCACUAUGUGCCCUGCCCUCCCAUCACUACCAAAAGCUGUAAGCCCCCCUGGUCUGGCCCCCGAGGAAAUAUCCCUGUGGAGGGCCAGACCACAUAUACCAUCAGCUUUACUCCAAAGGAAAUAAGCAGGUGCCUGGCUUCAUACCCUGAGCCUCCCGGCUACAUCUUUGAAGAAACAGAUGCUUUGGGGCACCGAAUAUACAGGCCAGUUUCUGACAGGCUCUCGGCAGAGCAGCCAUCUUUCCGUAGGUGAUUCAGAAAAUCCUAACCAGCAGAAGUUGAUAGUGUCAGCUUGAUUUUUAAAGAUUGUAAUUUAGA